AUGAAAAUGAAAUUUUCUGUUGCCAUUUUUUUCGCGUUAUUUGCUUUUGCUGCCGCUGAUGUUUCACAUCUGCACAAUGGCUACGAUUAUCCUGUUCCCGCUCAACCUGAGCCGAUAGAACCACACGAUAGCUUCAAUCCGCCGCCACCACCAGCUCCCGAACCACCAGCGCCAAAUAACAAUUACAUUCCACCAGCACCACCUGCACCCCCAGCUCCAGUGCGACCAAUCGCGCCUCCACCCCCACCUCCACCACCACCAGCUCCAGUGAGACCAGUUCAUCCAGCACCUCCACCACCACCACCAGCGCCACAUAACAAUUACCUUCCACCGGCCCCACCGGCUCCAGUGAGACCAGUUCAUCCACCCCCACCACCACCACCAGCUCCACCUCCACCACCACCACCUCCACCACCAGCGCCAAAGAACAAUUACCUUCCACCAGCCCCACCAGCUCCCGUGAGCCCAGUUCAUCCUCCCCCACCACCUCCACCACCACCAGCUCCAGUGAGACCGGCUCCCCCGCCAUCUCCACCACCACCACCACCACCACCAGCGCCACAUAACAAUUACCUCCCACCAGCAGCACCAGCUCCUCACUCUCCCCCACCAUCACCACCACCAGCACCACCACCACCACCAGCACCACCUGCACCGCCAGCUCCAGCGCGACCAAUCGCUCCUCGCCCACCACCACCGCCACCAGCACCGCAAAACAUCUACAUUCCACCAGCACCAGCCCCUGAACCAGCUCCUGCUCCAGAGCCAUCUGCUACUCUCGAAGAAGAUGGUUACCAUUAUAAGGUUGCGCGGCGUUUUAGAUUCCGUACCUAA